CCUGACUCUACCUCUACCUCUAUACCUACCUCGUCUCCUGACUCUACCUCUACAGAUACCUCGACUCCUGACUCUACCUCCUCUACCUCUACUUCUACCUCGUCUUCUGACUCUACCUCUUCCUAUACAUGUACAUCGUCUUCUGACUCUACCUCGUCUCCUGGCUCUACCUUGUCUCCUGACUCUACCUGUACCUCUACAUCUACCUCAUCUCCUUGCUAUACCUUGUUUCCUGACUCUACCUGUACCUCUACAUCUACCUCGUCUCCUGACUCUACCUUAUCUCCUGGCUCUACCUCUACAUCUACCUCAUCUCCUGACUCUACCUCGUCUCCUGACUCUACCCCUGACUCUACCUCGUCUCCUGGCUCUACCUUGUCUCCUGACUCUACCUCUACCUCUACAUCUACCUCGUCUCCUGGCUCUACCUCGUCUCCUGACUCUACCUCGUCUCCUGACUCUACCUCGCCUACAUCUACCUCGUCUCCUGACUCUACCUUAUCUCCUGGCUCUACCUCUACAUCUACCUUGUCUUCUGACUCAACCUCUUCCUCUACAUCUACAUCGUCUUCUGACUCUACCUCGUCUCCUGACUCUUCGUCUCCCUGUAAAUCUACCUCGUCUCCUGACUCUACCUUGUCUCCUGACUCUACCUCAUCUCUUGACUUUACCUCUACACCUACAUCUACCUCGUCUCCUGACUCUACCUUAUCUCCUGGCUCUACCUCUACAUCUACCUCGUCUUCUGACUCAACCUCUUCCUCUACAUCUACAUCGUCUUCUGACUCUACCUCGUCUCCUGACUCUUCGUCUCCCUACUUGUCUCUUGACUCUUCCUCGUCUACUGACUCUACCUCGUCUCCUGUCUCUACCUCGACCUCUACAUCUACCUCAUCUCCUGAGUCUACCUCUACAUCUACCUCGUCUCCGGACUCUACCUCGUCUCCGGAUUCUACCUCGUCUACUGACUCUACUUCGUCUCCUGACUCCACCUCCUCUCCAGACUCUUCUUCCUCUCCUGACUCUACUUCGUCUCCUAACUCUACCACUAGCUCUUCAUCCACCUCGUCUCCUGACUCUACCUCUACCUUUACAGAUACCUCGUCUCCUGACUCUACGUUGUCUGCUGACUCUACGUCGUCUCCUGGCUCUACCUCGUCUCCUGACUCUACCUAUACCUUUACAUCUACCUCGUCUCCUGACUCUUCCUCGUCUCUUGACUCUACCUCGUCUCCUGACUCUACCUCGUCUCCUGACUUAACAUCGUCUCCUGAAUCCACCUCUACCUCUACAUCUACCUCGUCUCCUGACUCUUCCUCGUCUCUUCACUCUACCUC